AUGAAAAAGGAGGUGGAUGUAAAUAUAGAUUCAAAUAGUAUACCUGCUACUUCUACUACUAGACAUAUUAGUUUGAGAGAUUUCAAGAGAUUGCCAAUCGAUAUAUCAAAGGAUGGAUUGAUGGACCCAGUCAAUAUUCCUAGCAAGCUAAAGUUGUUCCAGGCUAGCAGCGAGAGUGAGGGGGCCGGUUCACUCUUUGGAUACAUUCAAUACAACAUAUUUGAAGGCUUUAGAGUGAGUGCACGUAGUUUGGACAACCGCAUCAAACUGACACAUGACAUUACUCAAUUUAGCACACCCAUCAAGGGCUGGAUAGCCAAUGGUGAGAAUCUACGCGGUGUCAAUGAAACCGAGGUGGGUGCAUCCAUCGACAACCUCUACAGCACCUACAAGACACGAUCGGGUAGUGUGUUCCAAGUAGGGUGCAGUGGAGGUUUGAGAUUGGUCGGCGACAUUGACACAAACAAGUUGAAUAGCGAUAAUGGCGGCACCUAUCUCUUUAAUAGAGUACGUCCAUUCAUAUCGCCAAAAUUCACAUACUUUGGCAAACUUGGUUGGAUUCAUGUCAAUACCCCAAUCAACCGAAAGGGUAACCGUGUCGAACUCAAGCACAACUUUUUCUUUAAUGUCAGAGGUAACACUAUCCUCUCUGGACUCGAAUACACCACCUCGCGAUUCGACCGUUAUCUCCGCACCAGUCCCCAACUCAAAUCAGUCUUUUCCCAACAACCACCAGAUGAUGUCAAAGAGACUAUUCACUACAAACUGGUCCAUGUCGCCAGUUCCACUGAACUUGGUCUUCGUCGUAUUAGAAAGAUCUAUGGCGUCGGUAAAUGGCAAAUAGUACUUGGCAUUAAACACAACAUCCAACAAAGUGUUUUUAUCCAAUGUCUUUUUACUCAUACAAUAGGUGAUAAAACUACUUUUGGUCUAAGUUUAGGUUUGGAUUUAUAA